AUGACUUUAAAGCAGAAGGUCGAGUCUCUUGAAGCGAUAUUGUAUUUCCAGGAAAAGAGAGAAAAGGAAAACAACGUGAUUAUUACUGGGGUUUCACAACAAGAGGAAACAAAUACUAAAAAGAUAGUUACACAAACCCUGAGCUCUAUUAAUAUGGAACUGCCCGCCGAUAGUGUAAUAGAAAGUCAUCGUUUAGGAAAAAAUGUAAACGCUCCUGUUAUGAUGCGACUAAACGAUCGGAAUACUAAAAUUAAAAUCAUGAAGAGAAGCAGAGAACUAAGGGGAAUCAGUCCAAGCAGCUGCAACCUCCAAGGUCAAUCCGAAUUUUUUUUUAAUGAAGACCUAACAUUACAAAAACAAACGCUAUUUGAAGGGGCUAGAGAACUAAAGAAAAAUAAAAAUCUCCACUCAGCAUACACUUUAACGGCAAGAUCUAUAUCGAGAAAAAAAGUACUGAUAGACCCAUUUGGAUAA